GUUCGAUGACCCCUGCUGAGGCCCCGGAGGUACGGAGGUCGAAGCGCUUGAGUCGGACUCAGUCGGUGGCUGUCGAAGAUGGAGGAGAGGCCAGCAGUAGUGGCUCUGUGAGGAAACUACAGAGGACCAAGUCGAGUGGUGGGAAGGAAGGAGGGAAGGCGACUAUGAGUGAAGAGAAGGUCGAGGGGGCUCCUGCUGCCGCUGCUCAUCAUCAUCAACAGAAGCGGGCAUCUCAACCGAUACUGGUGGCACCAGUGAAUGUCGUG